AUGGCAAGCAUCAUUGCGACCGCAGCUAUGCCAGUCGGUGCCGCGGCUGAGAUCCAGCCCGUGUCGAACUUUCCUCAGCACGAUGAAGAAAAGGCUCGUCGGGCUGCUGCGAAUGGGGAGCAUGGAACAAGUAAAGACAGCCCAUCUACCAUUUCUGACAACGUUUACGCCGUGCAACGAUGGAACUCACCCCCGAUUAACACGUAUCGAACCGCUGCAACGUUCUGGUCGUUUGUCGUGGUAGGAAUGAACGACGGCUCUUAUGGUGCUUUGGUUCCUCUGCUAGAAACUUACUAUGAUCUGAACCAUACCGUGGUUUCCCUAAUCUUUCUUUCUCCCUUUGUAGGAUAUGCCAUUGCAUCUGCAGUGAACAAUCUCAUGCAUGUUCACUUUGGCCAAAGAGGUGUAGCAUGUAUUGCUCCCCUGUGCCAUUUGAUUCCGUAUCUAACUUUCUCGUUUCACCCACCCUAUCCUGUUCUCGUUGCCCUGUUUGUUCUCGUAGGCAUGAGCAAUGGAUUAGCAGACGCUGCUUGGUGUUCCUUCAUAGGGCAAAUGGCGAACUCGCAUGAAAUGUCCGGCAUUUUGCAAGCCUGCUACGCUCUUGGAGCAACCAUAGCUCCCCUGAUAGCUACUGCUCUCUCUGCGGAAGGUCAACCAGGCUGGUUUGCGUUCUACUACGUCAUGGCUGCGGCCUCGGUGGUUGAGUUUGUCACUCUCACUGCUACAUUCUGGACUCAGACAGGCGCUGUGUACUUGUCCGAGAACCCGACCGAGUCUGGAGGCAAGUCAGGCCGGACCCGCCAAGCUUUGAAGAAUAAACUAUCGUGGAUCUUCGCAUUCUUUGUCUUCGGGUACUGCGGUGCUGAAGGUAAGUUUUCUGAUCCUGUUCUCUCUGAGUCAAUCAUUGAUAUCCCUUGGUUGUCAACAUUAAACAUGGGCGAGGAUAUUCUGCCAGCAGCUCCCGCUAUUCUGCCACCAAUUGCACUCGGCGGAUGGAUAGUUGUCUUCAUGACUCGCAUUCGCGGCGCCACCUCGGUCACUGGCGGAGCAGUAGCAACCGGCUUCUGGGGCGGCAUGACGGCUGGCCGUCUCUUUUUGUCUUUGGUAACGAUUCGCCUUGGAGAAUUCUGGGCCAUGUUCCUUUAUCUCGGUGUGACUAUUGUGCUAGAACUCAUCUUCUGGCUGGUGCCCAAUCUUGUCGUGAGCGCAGUGGCAGCAGCACUAAUUGGUGUGGCCAUGGGCCCAAUGUAUCCGGUGGCAGUGGUUCUCAUCACCAAAGUUAUGCCUCGCUCGCUUCAUGUCGGCACCAUUGGGUUCGCCGCCGCUUUUGGUGGAUCAGGAGGAGCUAUCUUGCCAUUUGCGGUUGGAGCUAUAGCACAGGCAAAAGGUGUGCAAACUCUUCAGCCAAUUGUGCUUGCCAUCUGUGUCGUUCUCGGCCUUUUGUGGAUAUUACUUCCUCGACAGCCAAGACAAAAUGUCGGAUUAGAAGUCCAAUUCGACCGCGACAUAUAG